UCUCACAUCAAAACAAAAACAAAUUGUGUGUCGUGAUUCUGCUGAAAGAUGUUGGAGGGUGGAUGUUGAUAUGUGUGGCUUUAUUCUAAGCCGCUUUGAAUUACUAUUCGCGGACUAGCAAAAUAUUAAAUGAAAAGUCCGAAUUGUGUCUGCAGUGUCCGGAUACGCCCAAAUAAAACAUAUUACUGAAGAAGUGCCCUUCUUUAGAGACCCCUAAUAAAUCAAUUUCCCAUAUUGCAGAUGACUAUUUUGAUUUGUGACUAAAAAUAAAUAGAGCGUUGAAAUGAUGAAUGAAAUAUGGCUUUCCUUUAUUCUUCAAUAUUGUGAAGUAAUGUGAUAUCUUCCGUCACGAAAUACUGGCUUCAGUAUUCUAGUGAAUGCGAGCAAGUAUGUGGCAACAACUCUGUGAAUUCCAUAUUAUGAAAUUAUCUAAUGUUAAGCGUACAUUCUAUCAAACUACUCAAUGACAGUAAUGCGAUAGUCUUCAAAGGAAUAAAAAUUAACGUUGCAGUUGAGCGGCAAACGCUGCAACCUUCGUAGCUAUAUAACAAAGCCAUGUAACAGAACCUGGCCUCUUGCAACUAUGAAGGGUGUAGAGAUACGUAAGUUGUCUCCUGGAAAGGCAGAUAACACAUUAAAAUCUAUAUAAAUAGUUUAAAAUGUUCAAGAUGUGAUGUGCUAAAUAGUUAUGCACACAUUCCUAAUUUGUUGUUUUUUUAUUGAGUACCAGCCAUUAGAUUGACGAUUUGUCAGGAGUUGUACGUCAACAAUGCCACGUCGUAAAAUACCUCAAACGUUGUAUAAACUGUGCUUGGAGGAAGCAGAAUUGUUAAUAGCAAAUUCUUGUCAGAAUAUUCAUGACCGAUAUGGAAAUUAUGAUGACGAAUUUUGCAGAAUUGCUGCCCAGGAGCUGCAGAGUUACUUACUGCUAAACAUUCCAGGCAUUUUACUGGAUGACAUAUGCGACCGCAGAAGGUUUUCAGCACACAGCACACAGAAUUAUGAUCCACGAAUAAGUCUCUCCAUAUACAUACACAAAAAUAUGAGGAAAUUCUUCAUAAGUGAGACGUCUGAUGAGAAAAAAAUUGGAUCGGGUGACUCAUUCUGGGUAACACAGUUAAGCAAAUUACAGAACAUUGUGGUCCUGGACAUGCAUUUAGCUUGUACAGAUAAGAUAUUAGAAGUUGUGGGCAGAACUUGCUUGAAAUUGGAACAAAUCAAUAUUGUGUCAAGGUUGGAACCAGACAAAGGAAAAAUAAAUUCUUAUCCAUUUAAUGCAUUGAAACUAAAAUUCUUUGUGUCAGAUGAUGGUUUACAUCAUUUGAAAAACUGUAAACUUCUGAAAUACAUCACUAUGAAUAAGAUAAUUCGUAGUCAUGUUGGUGGCAAAAUGAUGACACCUGCUGGUAUAAGAGGCCUCGUGAAGUCUCUUCCUCAGUUGCAAUCCAUUUCGUACAAUUACAUGGGUAUUGUUCUUGGUGAAGAAAUGGAUGACAUUGACUAUCUACCUCUUACCUGUAUCAGUGACUACAUUGCUGAUGUUAAACACACUCAAGCUAUUGCAAGGUUGUGUCUUAACUUGCAUCAUUUGUGCUUGGGGGUGCAAAGUGACAUUAUUGCUCCUGAGAUUCUAAAUACUUUAACAAACAGUAGUCUUCAAUUAGUUGUGCUUGAAUUAGACCAGUUCCCAUUUUGUGAUGAGAUGGUUCAAUUCUUGAUAGAAAAAGGAAAAGCUCUACAUAGCCUAAGGUUGCGAUCAGGAAAUAUUUUACACCCUAAGCAUGUACGCAUAAUUGGAGAGACUUGCCCAAAUUUAAAAAGCCUUUCACUCAGAGAGAAAGAUACAUGGAAAUAUUUAGGCAGACUGUGUGAGAUGCCAAGCAGUUUUACACCAUGCAGUCAAGUGCUUUUCAGUAAUUUAGAAUGUCUUAAAAUUGAAGGUACUGACUGGAUACCUAAAGACAUCAUUCCUCUACUUCUGAUUAAUGCCAAACACAUAGAAAAACUGUCCAUCUUUAAGAGAAACCAUUUUGAUCCAAUAGAGCCUAUUCUUUUCCAUGUCCUAAAAUAUAAUCCUCUUCAUCACCUGAAAAAAUUUUAUUUACUGUUAGGCUGUGAUAUAAAAAUGUGUACAGUUAUGUAUCUUGCUAAGAACUGCUUAAGCAUAAGAGAAUUAGCGUUUUCAAAAUAUGGCACUGAUGGAUCUGCAGAACUGAAAGAACUGAAUGAAGACAUCAAAAGAUUAAAUUUAGAUCUAAAAGUUUGUCCAUUUAAACUAGAGUGAUUUGUACAG